AUGUAUAGCGCCAUCGGCGGUCUGGGCGCUGGUGGCACGCAAGACGUCCAGUUGAGCGACAUUGCCAACAGCGUCUUGUAUGGCUGCUUUUUCCUCGGCGGUUUCGUCGCUGGCAGUAUCAAUAACAUUUUGGGACCUCGACUGACCAUGUCUCUCGGCACCACCGGCUACUCCUUGUAUCUCGGCUCGCUCUGGUGCUUCCAACUCAACGGGACCCGCUGGUUUCUUAUUCUUGCCGGUGGCAUUCUUGGCUUCAGUGCCUCCUUGUUCUGGGCGGCUCAAGGCUCCGUCAUGAUGUCGUACCCGAUGGAGAAAGACAAGGGCCGAUCAUUCACAGCCUUCUGGGUCAUCUUCCAGAUGGGCACCUUCAUUGGUGCUGCCAUCGCUCUUGGUAUCCAGUUCAACAGCACGCUGCCCUCCGUCUCCAACGGCGUCUACAUUGCUUUCAUGAUUAUCAUGCUCACUUCAAUCGUCUCCAGCUGGCUUGUCCUCUCCCCCGAGGCCGUUGUCCGCGGCGAUGGCACCCUCGUGGAACUCGAAGCCUCCCUGACCCCCAAGGAGGAGUUGCACCAAUUUAUCCAAAUGUUCAAAGAUUGGCGCAUGGUUGCGCUGUUCCCCAUGUUCUUCGCUUCCAACUACUUCUAUGCCUACCAAGGGGCCAUUACAGCCGCCCUGUUCAAUGGCCGCACGCGUGCCCUGGUCUCUCUCCUCACUGGCCUGGGCUCUAUGAUCGGCUCCAUAAUCAUCGGCACCAUCACCGACGUCUUGCCAUUCGGUCGUCGCAACCGUGCUCUAGUUGGCUGUGCCGUUGUGUUCCUGCUCACUUGUGCCGUCUAUGGCGGCGGUGUUUACUUCCAGACACAAUUCACACGCGAGAGCGUUGAAGUUGCUGGCCUCAAGAUUCCCUGGGACUGGACGGACAAACAGGCGGCCGGUCCUAUCGUUCUUCUGUGGAGCUACUACAUCGUGGAUGCAACCUUCCAAGGCCUUGCAUACUAUACCAUGUCCUCUUUGACCAACGACUCGUUCAAGCUCGCAAGAAUGGCUGGCUACUACAAGGGCAUCCAGUCCGCUGGCGCUGUUGUGUCCUUUGGUAUGGAUGCUGUCAAGACUGCCUACCUGGGCGAGGCUCUCAUUUCGUGGCUGCUCAUGGUCGUGUCGUUUCCGCUGUGUAUUCUCGUCCUUUAUUCCGUCCGUCCGACAAACUACGAAGUCGAGCACCCGGUUCACGUGGAAGAAGUGAAGUCUGGAGCGGUCACUGUGGAACCAGUGACAGAAACUCAUAUCAAUGCUGACACAGCCGUAGAUCGCAAAGUUUCGGCUGUCUAA